AUGGAGCGGAUAGAUUUGACUGUUCCCGAGAACUACGCUACGCAGACGCUUUUGCUGAUAUGUCAAACGCUUUUUGAUUGUUUGCAUUCCUCCUCAGGUAAGAACUUCGACAUGGGCACCAUUCUACAGAGGACGAAAGAAAAUCCGCUAAUGAAAGAUAGUCCGCAGUGGACACCGUCUGAAAGCCAGCUGCUGGCUCUUUACAACAACCUGAUGCUAGAAAACGGGCUCAUAGACUCUUCUGACAAAGAUUUGGAGUUUUACAGAAUGAACGAAUCGCUGGUGAUAGAAAUCUGCGAGCGACUAUACAACGCUCGCGUGUCUGAAUUGCGAGGAGAGAUUGAAGAGAACAAAGAGAAAUUUGGCCAGCUCAUGCAAAUAGUGAAAGGGACGAGCUGA